AACGCAGAUUGCGUUAAUCGGUCACAAAGAGAACGAGCACAGACCGUCGGAGAAGGCAUAAAAAAGGAAAUUUCUCAAUUGCCUUGGGAAUUCUGAUCAUCUUUUUCUUUUGGAACAAAGCGUUUGUGCCGUUGCUUUCUCAACCCUUGUGUACAUUGGAUUUCCUAGUUUUGCAUGGAGUUAAGUGGGUCGGAGCGGCCGAGGAUAUUAGUCUUGAAAUUGGGCAAUUGGAAAAUUCUUAUUCGUUUCGUUGGUUAGAGCAAGGAAGCCGCCAUGGCUGGUUCUAUUGGAUCGUCGAGUCUCCACCUCGGUAUAUGAAAAAUAAUGGAUGGUUCAUCAUUGUGAUGAAAAACACUUCAAUCUCUCCGUAGCUUAAGUGUAUAUUACACACCGACUGCUUUCUUUGUGUAAACCUCUGUUCCAGUCAGAAAGAUACGAGGAUAGGUGGGUUUUGUUCAAGGGAGACUGGGAAAAGGCCAAUUUCAUGACAUCUGGAUUGACGAAAUCUAUUUGAGGCUUCAUCGCUGGAAAUAUUAGAAACAGAUUUAGAAAAACAAACAAGAGAAAAUGAUCUGAAAGCGAGACAGAAGGUUGAGAGCUCACUGAAGAAAACGACCAAAGGAGGACCCCGGACAGCCGAGUUGCAUUCACACAUUUUCCUCAUUAUUUCUGUCGGAGAUAAUCGGGUUCCUGUGGGUCGAAACGGAUUCGUUCACAAGACAAAUAAACCUAUUUAACUUUGAGAGACGCGUGGGAUAUUGGAUUGAAAAAUGUCCGGUCGGCCUAGAACCACCUCCUUCGCAGAAAGCUGCAAACCAGUGCCGCAGCCGUCGGCAUUUGGCAGCAUGAAAGUCAGCAGAGAUAAAGAUGGCAGUAAGGUGACCACAGUAGUGGCAACCCCUGGACAAGGACCUGACCGGCCACAGGAGGUCAGCUACACUGACACAAAGGUCAUCGGUAAUGGCUCUUUUGGAGUGGUGUAUCAGGCCAAGCUCUGUGACUCAGGAGAACUGGUGGCCAUUAAAAAAGUCCUUCAGGACAAGCGUUUUAAGAAUCGUGAGCUGCAGAUCAUGAGAAAAUUAGACCACUGCAACAUUGUGCGUCUGCGUUACUUCUUCUAUUCCAGUGGAGAUAAGAAAGAUGAGGUGUAUCUGAACCUGGUUCUGGACUACGUCCCUGAGACUGUGUAUAGAGUGGCAAGACACUACAGCCGUGCUAAGCAGACCCUUCCUAUGGUUUAUGUGAAGUUGUACAUGUACCAGCUCUUCAGGAGUCUGGCCUACAUCCAUUCCUUCGGGAUCUGUCAUCGUGACAUAAAACCUCAGAACCUUUUGCUGGAUCCAGAGACGGCCGUGCUUAAACUUUGUGACUUUGGCAGUGCUAAGCAGUUGGUGCGUGGCGAGCCCAACGUUUCUUACAUUUGCUCACGGUACUACAGAGCCCCUGAGCUCAUCUUUGGAGCGACCGACUACACCUCCAGCAUAGACGUGUGGUCAGCUGGCUGCGUGCUGGCGGAACUGUUGCUAGGGCAACCAAUUUUCCCCGGCGACAGCGGAGUGGAUCAGCUGGUGGAAAUCAUCAAGGUGUUGGGCACUCCCACACGAGAGCAGAUUCGGGAAAUGAACCCAAACUACACUGAGUUCAAAUUCCCGCAGAUUAAGGCCCACCCAUGGACUAAGGUGUUCCGGCCACGAACGCCUCCUGAAGCCAUCGCUUUGUGCUCCAGGCUGUUAGAGUACACACCCACUGCCCGCCUGACUCCGCUGGAGGCCUGCGCUCAUUCCUUCUUUGAUGAACUGCGGGAUCCAAAUGUCAAACUUCCUAAUGGGCGUGAGAAACCAUCCCUGUUCAACUUCACAACUCAAGAGUUGUCCAGUAACCCAUCCCUCGCCUCCAUUUUAAUUCCUGCUCAUGUACGAAACCAGGCAGGAGCCUCUACUCCAACCAAUGCCUCUGCCACUUCAGAUGCCAAUAGUGGAGAUCGUGGUCAGACCACAACUGCAGCCUCUGCCUCUGCCUCCAACAGCUCAACCUGAGUGCCCCAGCCAAUCAGACCUGACCCUCCCUCCAAGGUCACGCCCACCCCACUGCUCACCAGCCUAAUGGGCGGGGGUUCGAAUCAUGUAACCACCACUCUUAUUCAGACUGCAAGAGCCAACCUUAAUUUAUGUGUUUUUAUGAAGUUCAGAAAGAGUUCAAAUUUAUUCACAUUGUAUCAUUGGUGGAAAGAGCGAGAGAGCAGCACGGAAACGGGCGUCAGGGUGGGGUGGGGGGUGGUUGUUGGGGAGAAGGGUUCAACUUUAAAACCUGGUCUGUGACCAGCCGGAACGUUGUUCAAUCACAGAGGACAAUCUUGUUAUCUAAGCAAUCCGGUAGCCAGAUCCAGACACUUCCUUUAUUUGGGUUCCCAGUUUCCCUCUCACCUGGACUUUCUCCACACAUUCUCCGCACGUUCUACCUUAUCCUGUUUGCUCUGUUCUGGGCCUCUUACAGCGCAUGGCUUGAAUUUGGUUAGGAGCACACCAUAUAUAUACAUAUAUACGUAUGUAAUGUGUAUAUAUGUAUAUGCAUAGAAUGAAACGGAUGCAGAAUACAAAAGGAAAUGAUAAUGCUACAAAAUCACCAAAACGCUAUCUUAACUAUCUAUUAAACUCAAGGCACUCUUACAACACAAGGGGUAUGAAGGUAAAUGCUACACAAAACCGCAUGUUCCAUAAACAGAGGAAUACUCUAUUUCGAAAGAUUUAAGAGGUUUUUUAAUGCUCUCAAGCAAUUGUUUUAUUUAGUUUUAUACCAAAAGGUGGGACUUUGUGGGCUGGGUGGGGCAGACAUUUUGAUUGACAGGCGAGACAUGUUCAACCUGUCUUUGUGUUCUUGUAUGAUAUAUACAUACACAGUUUAUAUAUUACUUUGCAUUAUGUAAAAUAAAUAUAAAUAUAUAGUUAUAUAUAGAUAUAUCUAGCAUCAUAGAUUCAGAAUCCAUAAGGUUUUCUCAUUGCGGCAGCAAUUCUUGCUGCUGACGAAUAAUAUACAGUAUGUAUAUGACUAAGAACAUGGACACUCUCUACUGGAGCAGUUUUCUAAGCAAACUUUUUGCUAUUUUCUGUUGUUAUCCCAAUAGAAAUACAGAUACCUUUCUUCUCCGAUUCCCUCUCCUCUUGUUAUUUAUUGUUGGUUGUGCGUCAGUGUCAUAAUAUUCAGAUUCACUUUUCAUUCGUAUUGACACAGUGAGUUUUUAAAGACAUUUUGCAAAUGCCAUAAUACUGAUUUGUGCUAGGAUUGUUUCAAUUUCUUGUGUUGGUUAGACUCACAGACCUAUUUUUUGUAAAACCUGUGCUUCAUUUGCAUUGUUAAACUGAAGCGGCUGUUUUGUUUUACUACUACUUGGGUAUUUGUCCAUCAUGUUUGUGUUCUUUAUUUCGUCUCAGCAUAUUUUAAACCUGCUCACAUAGUUUUUGAAUGUCUUAAUACAAAGUAUAACAGUAUACGAAAACGACAAAAAAUUGUGUGUGCGUGUGUGUGUAUAUAUACACUCACCUAAAGGAUUAUUAGGAACACCUGUUCAAUUUCUCAUUAAUGCAAUUAUCUAAUCAACCAAUCACAUGGCAGUUGCUUCAAUGCAUUUAGGGGUGUGGUCCUGGUCAAGACAAUCUCCUGAACUCCAAACUGAAUGUCAGAAUGGGAAAGAAAGGUGAUUUAAGCAAUUUUGAGCGUGGCAUGGUUGUUGGUGCCAGACGGGCCGGUCUGAGUAUUUCACAAUCUGCUCAGUUACUGGGAUUUUCACGCACAACCAUUUCUAGGGUUUACAAAGAAUGGUGUGAAAAGGGAAAAACAUCCAGUAUGCGGCAGUCCUGUGGGCGAAAAUGCCUUGUUGAUGCUAGAGGUCAGAGGAGAAUGGGCCGACUGAUUCAAGCUGAUAGAAGAGCAACUUUGACUGAAAUAACCACUCGUUACAACCGAGGUAUGCAGCAAAGCAUUUGUGAAGCCACAACACGCACAACCUUGAGGCAGAUGGGCUACAACAGCAGAAGACCCCACCGGGUACCACUCAUCUCCACUACAAAUAGGAAAAAGAGGCUACAAUUUGCACGAGCUCACCAAAAUUGGACAGUUGAAGACUGGAAAAAUGUUGCCUGGUCUGAUGAGUCUCGAUUUCUGUUGAGACAUUCAAAUGGUAGAGUCAGAAUUUGGCGUAAACAGAAUGAGAACAUGGAUCCAUCAUGCCUUGUUACCACUGUGCAGGCUGGUGGUGGUGGUGUAAUGGUGUGGGGGAUGUUUUCUUGGCACACUUUAGGCCCCUUAGUGCCAAUUGGGCAUCGUUUAAAUGCCACGGCCUACCUGAGCAUUGUUUCUGACCAUGUCCAUCCCUUUAUGACCACCAUGUACCCAUCCUCUAAUGGCUACUUCCAGCAGGAUAAUGCACCAUGUCACAAAGCUCGAAUCAUUUCAAAUUGGUUUCUUGAACAUGACAAUGAGUUCACUGUACUAGAAUGGCCCCCACAGUCACCAGAUCUCAACCCGAUAGAACAUCUUUGGGAUGUGGUGGAACGGGAGCUUCGUGCCCUGGAUGUGCAUCCCACAAAUCUCCAUCAACUGCAAGAUGCUAUCCUAUCAAUAUGGGCCAACAUUUCUAAAGAAUGCUUUCAGCACCUUGUUGAAUCAAUGCCACGUAGAAUUAAGGCAGUUCUGAAGGCGAAAGGGGGUCAAACACCGUAUUAGUAUGGUGUUCCUAAUAAUCCUUUAGGUGAGUGUAUAUAUAUACACACACAGUGCAGCACAGUUGCUCCUCACCAAAUUCUGGCUUGUAGUUUUGUUUUGUAUAGUUUUGUGAGCGUGUGUGUGAAUGUGUAAGCGUGUGUUCUGCUAUGUACAUAUGCUGACCUGAGAACUGUUAAUGCGUGAAAACAAAGACGAGGGGUUCAAUGAAAAAAAAACAAUAAAAUAGAGAAUAAAACACAUUUAAAAGAUCAGGGCAAAAAUGACCUGUUUGUCGGAUACUGUAGACAAGGAGCUUUCUCCAGCCAUAUAGUUCAAUCUUAUUUGUACAGUAGGUGCCAGCUAUAUUAUUGUAAUUAUACCUAGUAAUGUAUAGUGUAUCCAUAGUUUGGAGUGCCUUUGCUUCCAUACGCUUCCUGUCUCAGACCACACCCCUUCCUCAUGACACACAUGGCAGGUCACACCCCUUCCUCUGCAAGCACUGUUGAUUGGUCAAGUCUAUCUGCAGUCUCGCCUGUUCAUUUGUAGACAUACCACUCUGCGUUGAUAGCAUCUUUGUAGAUGUUUUGUUUUUAAGUGGCAAUGUAACAUGUUGAAGUAUUGGCACAAAUAUGUAUUUGUGGGGAGGAAGUACAGGUCUCAUGUUCCUGUGGUGCCAAUCACACUGUAUGUUCUUACACUCGUUCCACUACCAAAGUGAACCACCUUUGAGCGUGUUGUGAUGUAACUGCGACAACCCCAGGGGCAAUAAUAAUACUAAUAAUAAUUCUUAAUGUGAGGAGUAUGUUGGCCAGCUCGCAGUACUCAGUAGAGAUGUCACGUAGCACCUGCCGGUUCCUCAUCCCUGCACCCUCAAUGUAAAGCUUGCUUGUAAGAUAUGCAUUCAUAGAUGUGUUGAUUCCCACGAAUGGUGUGACCACCUCUCGUGACUAGAGUAAAAAAUGUAAAGACACAAAGGUUCAAAACAAUUACCAAAAGAAAAAAAUAACAAAGGCAAAAAAAAAAUGUUUUGAGGACUGUGGGCUGAAUACAGACGUUGCAUUACAUACAUGUAUUGGGGGAAAGUUGUCUUGGGUUAAAGCUUAAAAAGACACAAAAAACAACCUGUAUAACAUUAAUAUUACUUGAAUGCCUCUGUUUGUGACUGAAAUUUUUAUUUUAUUUGAAAUAUAUUCUUUUUCUGUGAAGGUAUGCUAUAUGUCUCCUCUCCUUGUAAAUAUGUCCGUUUUGGUCCUUGGUGUGACUUGGAUUCAGAGACUAGUUACCUGGUACUGUAAUUUGCAUUAAAUAAAGAGUAGGAUAGCUUGGAAAUGA